UCAAUACAAAGCAACACCGAGGUUCACAUUCAGUGUCCUCAUUAACCAUCAGUGAAAAUGUCUUUGUGACUCGACGCAAGAGAUUGUGCACACACAGUGCAUAAGGACAUUGGACCAUAUCAAACUUCAUAUACAAGGCAGGAUAUCACAUUAUUGGAAACUGGUGCUGUAACAAGCCUAUAUAAGUCAUAGGCCUAUCUAAUAAGUUAUUGUAAACUAUCGGAUUGAUUCUUGCAUUUAUUGGAUUAUCUCAAUCAAAAACACAGAAGUAAACUUGGUUAUUGGGAAUUACAUAGAUAGAAUUUUUAAAUAAAUUCUGAUUUGAAAUCGUCAACCCUUCGACCAUGGCGGAUGUUGAUCCAGAUACUUUGCUGGAAUGGCUUCAGAUGGGAUUAGGAGAGGAACGUGAUAUGCAACUAAUUGCAUUAGAACAACUAUGCAUGCUUCUGCUUAUGUCUGAUAAUGUGGACAGAUGCUUUGAAAUGUGUCCACCACGAAGCUUUCUUCCCGCUCUUUGUAAAAUAUUCCUGGACGAGACAGCGCCGGACAAUGUACUGGAAGUGACAGCUCGUGCUGUGACGUAUUAUCUUGAUGUUUCUGCCGAAUGCACUCGCAGAAUUGUUGCAGUUGAUGGAGCUGUCAAAGCGAUCUGUAACAGACUUGUUCUUGUUAACCCACAGGAUAGGACAAGCAAAGACCUCUCUGAACAGUGUGUUAAGGUUCUUGAAUUCAUUUGUACGAGGGAACCAGGUGCAGUAUUCGAUGCUGGUGGUCUUACUUCAACUCUUAUCUUCAUUUGCCAAUGUGAUACAAUUAUACAUAAGGACACACUUCAUUCAGCAAUGUCUGUGGUGACACGAUUAUGUGGAAAAGUGGAACCAACCAGCGAAACACUACCAGGAAGCGUUCAAUCACUUUCCGCUCUGCUGCAUUCAGAAGAUCCUUCCGUGUCAGACGGAGCUUUGAGGUGUUUCGCUACUCUCGCAGACAGAUUUACUAGAAAAAGCAUCGAUCCUGCACCACUUGAUGCUCAUGGACUCACCAAAGAACUUAUUAAACGAUUGGCAAAUUGUGGAAGUGCAAGAGCACCAGUUAAUAACAAACCAGGGGCAGCAGGAGCGACACCAGGAUCAACCCCAGAUCAGAAACAUAACUUUGGAAUUACCACCAUCAUUAGUUUGCUGAUAACACUAUGCAGAGGAUCACCAUCUAUUACCCAUGAAUUACUCAGAUCUGAUCUUCCAACUGCAAUUGAAGAAGCGAUGAAAGGGGAUGAGAGAUGCUGCCUUGACACGAUGCGACUCGCAGACCUCAUUUUAAUUGUUUUAUUUGAGGGUCGUGAUGCAAUACCAAAGCAUGGAAUGGCUGUUGGUGCCGGACGUAAUUUAGCGUUUCACAGAUUUGAAGGUUUCGGGGGUGAAAGGUCACAUAGACAACUGAUUGAUUGUAUCAGAAGUAAAGAUACAGACACGCUUAUUGAUGCCAUUGACACUGGAGCGUUUGAAGUCAAUUUCAUGGAUGAUGUCGGACAAACUCUUCUGAAUUGGGCAUCUGCUUUUGGGACACAAGAAAUGGUUGAAUUCCUAUGCGGUCACGGUGCAGAUGUUAAUCGCGGUCAACGUUCAUCGUCCUUGCACUACGCAGCAUGUUUCGGGCGACCUAAUGUUGUUAAAACUCUCCUUCGCCAUGGAGCGAAUGCUACAUUGCGAGAUGAGGAGGGGAAGACCCCUUUAGAAAAAGCUAAAGAGAGAAAUGAUGAAGGACAUAGGGAAGUUGUGAAAAUACUGGAGUCUCCAGAAAAAUAUGUCACGCCAGAAACAGACAAGAACAAAUCAAAGGCAGAAAAGCCGUCUAAAAAGAAAGCGGAACCGAAGGAACAACCUGUUGAAAAAGAGAAAGGAGAUCCUGAGAUGUCCCCGAUUUAUCUUAGCAAAAUGCUUCCAAUCUUCAUAAGCACUUAUCAAAGAGCUGUUUCAACAAACGUUCGAAAACUCUCUCUCGCCCUCGUGAGAAAAAUGACUCUCUAUUCUUCGCCGGAUCAUUUGAAAGAUGUUUCGAAAUUAAAUGGAGUUCAGGAAGGGUUUGCCGAUGUUGUAUCCACAGCUUUGGAUCAAGAGGAUGAUGAAGAAAGCCAUUAUUCAAGCCUACAGAUUGUUAAAAACCUGAUGGAUAAAAGCCGAGAUCAUUUCAUCAACUGUCUCUCACGAGACUGGGUCGUCAAUAAGAUAGAAAACAUCGGGGAAUGCGGUAAACAAGAAAACAUGGAAAUUGGAGAAAACUUUGAUGAGGAUGCAACUAAAAAGGGGGCAGUCGGGGGCCAAAUUACCACCCCAACUGAGGAAGUAAAUUCACAAUCAAAAUCUGGCACGAUUGAUGACGUACCAGACUCGAAAACACCAUCAGAUUCCCAAAAAGUUGAAGUUAAAGUCUUAGCUGAAGCGACAUCAAUCGCACCGAAAGUCGUUUAUAACUGGCAAGGUAAAUGGACUUUAGUUCGUGGCCGAGAUGGAAUGUACCUGUGGAGUGAUUCGGUUGCGAUCGAACUCUCAAAUGGAAGUAACGGCUGGUUCAGAUACAUCUUGAAUGGCAAGUUAUCAACUAUGUACUCAAGUGGGAGCCCUGAGGGUGGAGCCGACAGUUCAGACAGCAAAGUGGAAUUUCUAGACAAGCUACAGAGAGCACACGCUGAGGCAGUUUCGAGCCAAGAAGGCCUUGUAUUGCAACCGAUUUUCACCAAACAUGGCCGACCUAAAAUAGUUGUUGGUAACUGGUCAAUGUGCAGCAAUAAUCAAGGAGAAUUAACAAUAAGCAACAUUGAUGGACAUCAGGCAACAAUACUGAGCGAAUCAGUGAGUGGGUUUACGUUCGAAUCAAACAGAGGAACGAAGCAUAAUUUUGAACCUGAUUCGAAAGCCACAGUCGACUUCACAACAGGCGUUGUCAGCAGACCAUCUUCUGCUCAAGGAAGCGUGAAAAAUAAAGAGAGUGAUAUGAAAAUGAAAAUCAGGGGUUUGGCAAAAGAAUUGUAUGAAGCACAUUUCAAAACAGUUAAUGACACACCUCGUGGUGUGGUUACUCAACUGAAGGCUUUGGCAGAGAAGAUCAAUGAGGCCAAUACUGCAGAAUGCGCAAACUGGCAAGAACAACUAUCAACAUCAUUACAAGAUCUGGCAACCCUGCUUACUGAUGACAAGACCAUAUCACCAUAUGAAAUGUACAGCAGUGAUAUGAUACAAGCUUUACUGGGAUGUCUUGUUUGCAAGACUGCUAACCCAGAAGACUCUGUGACUCGCAUCAAGUUAUUCCACAAGCAUUUGUUAAGCGGGCCGAACUCAUCAGGAAAAAUAUUGAUCAAGAAAUUAGUUGCUGUGCUGGAAUCAACUGAAAGAUUUCCUCUCUACAUUUAUGAAACGCCGGGCAGUCUUUCUGGCGGGCUUCACCUACUCAACCGCAAAUUACGCUUCAAACUUGAGAAAGCUCCUAGUGGCGGGAGUCCAUUGACUCCAACCACCUCUUCAGCGUCCAUACAGAAUGAAAACGAAGAUAACAACAAAGUUGCUGACAAAUCUGGACUGAUCAAUUAUACUGGACGAAGUUUCAGAAUGGAACCUCUUUCUACUGUUGAAGACUUGGAGAAAUUUCUGCUGAAAAUGGUUUCUGAAUCUUGCGAGUAUUUGACGAAGCGCAUUCGCGAUGAAUCGGAUCCGUAA